UGUUUUUUUGUUCGGUGGAGUUAGUGAAACUAAUGUCGGUUUCUGACGAACAAAUCACGAAGGUAUUCAAAGCACGAAGAACAGUCGUGCAAAUGCUGAGGGAUAGGGGAUAUUCUGUCCCUGAUUCAGAUAUUAACAUGACAAGACAACAAUUCGUUGAGAAAUUUGGUGAGAAUGUCCAUCUCAAAAGGGAUGAUCUUUUAAUCCUUUGCAACAAAGGAGAUGCUCCAACUGAUAAGAUGUAUGUCUUCUUUUUUACAGAGGAAAAGGUUGGUGUUCCUAUUGUAAGAAACUGUGCAAAGCGUAUGAAAGCAGAUAAUGUUUAUAAUGCGAUUUUGGUUGUUCAAAGAGCUUUGACAGCCCCUGCAAAAGCAGCGAUAGUUGAAAUUAAUUCAUACUUUCACAUGGAAGUUUUUGAGGAGGCAGAGUUGUUGACCAAUAUCACAGAACAUAUGUUUGUCCCAAAGCACACAGUACUGAAAGGUCAAGAAAAAAAGGAAUUACUGGAAAAAUACAGGGUAAAGGAAACACAGCUACCUCGUAUUCUGGUCAGCGAUCCGGUAGCUAAAUAUUACGGCAUGAGGCGUGGACAAGUCGUGAAGAUUACUCGACAAAGUGUGACUGCCGACACAUACGAUACAUACCGAUAUGCUGUCUGAUUUUCUUCUCAUUUUACGGUUUUGCAUGAAAGUUGUACGGUAUAGAUGAUUUUUCUUCUCA